CUAGUAGGUGGCAGUAAUGCAACAUUUAUUGGAUGCCAACUGCGGUUAAACCUCAUCGAAGAAGAAGGUAACCGCAAUAGCUGGCUCUCUCUCCACCAGUCUACACUAAUGUUGACUGGAUACAAGAAUGUUUUCCAGAGAAUUCUGUCAUUGACCUGCAGAAGGAGCUACCACGAAAGCAUCUUUCAAACACUCGCUUGUUCCACUUUCUCUUCUCACUCCAAAUUGUCUGCCCUUCGCUCAUCCUUUUUUUCUGACCCCUCUCAUUGUAAUAUUAGGUCUUAUCAGCUUUCUACCCAUCUCCAUCAUUGCUACUCUUUUUCGUGCUCCCUUUCCCACUCUUCUCGUACAACAGGUCCAAUGGAUUUAAAGGAGGUUCUCAAGGUUCUGGAGGAGCUUGCCCCUCUAUCACUGGCAGAGUCCUGGGAUAACGUUGGCCUAUUAGUUGAACCCAUUAAAUGUCGGCCUAUCAAAACCAUCCUGUUAACCAAUGACCUGACCGAUUCUGUCAUGUCGGAAGCAGAGGCCAUGAACUGCGAUCUCAUCAUCUCUUACCACCCCCCGCUGUUUCAUCCAAUCAAGUGCUUGGUUUCAAAGAACUGGAAGCAGCGAUUGGCUAUCCGGGCGAUUACGGCUGGAAUAGCAGUGUUUUCUCCUCACACCUCUUGGGACAGCGUCAAAGGAGGCGUGAAUGACUGGCUGGUUGGAGGAAUUGGGAGUGGCAAAGUUUCGGUGUUGAGUCAAGCCUUCAGUAGCGCCCCCCAGAGCCACAAACUGGAGUUUACAGCCAGGAGUCAGGAGGAGCUCAACACCAUCAUGGCAGAACUGAAGGGGACGAAUAGUGGUGUCAAUUUACAGCACACAGCUGUCAGCUCUGAAACUGAUGGCUUCUUCAUAAGUCUGAUCUGUCCAGACUCAGGGCUGACCCCCAGUGUUCAAACUCUGUUACAACACGCCACUCCCAGCCAGUCUCUCAGUAUCCUUCAAGUAAAAAAGCGUCCUCUCCCAGGCUACGGCCAAGGGCGACUAAGUGUUUUGGACGAGCCCGUAACUGUGGCGGCAGCCGUCCAGCGAAUGAAAUCACACCUGGGUUUGAAUCACCUUCGACUGGCCCUCGGAGCCCAGCAAACUUUAGAGUCCAUUGUAAGCACUGUGGCAGUGUGUGCUGGGUCCGGAGGCUCAGUAUUGAAUGGAGUGAAAGCAGACCUCUACAUCACAGGUGAGAUGUCCCAUCACGAGGUCCUGGACUCCGUCGCUGCGGGUGCCAGUGUGAUCCUCAGUGACCAUAGCAACAGCGAGCGUGGUUUCCUGGCCGUGUUCAAGAAGAGGCUGGCAGGGCAUCUGUCCAACUCUGUUACCGUGGCGCUGUCACAAGCUGACAGGGACCCCCUGGAGGUGGUCUGAGAUGCUUACAGUUUUCCCCAACUGGCAGCCCACAGACCGAAUCUAUUCCGCAGGUGGUUUUCUUAGCAAAUAAAUAAUAAAUUCAUAUUUAGUCAUAAGGCUGUAAAAUCAAGGAAAUCAACUAAGCAAUUUUUUUUUUUUUUUUUUUUUUUUUUUUUGGGGUUAAUCUGUUCCCAAGUAUUCCCACACAUAAUAGAGAUGUGAUCGGUUACUAAUGUAAGCAAGGUUUGAAAUGAUUAAGUGAAAUAUAUGUUUGGGCUUCUUCCUGUCUAUUUGCAGUCUACAAAUGAUUCGUAAUUAUGCUCCAACCUUCCCGAUCAUCCCCUCAAGGAAAAAAAUAGGACUGUGUUUGAAUCUAGUUGAUGAUCUCUGCGUUAAAGGAUUUAUUAAAUGCAAUAAGGAAAUGCAGGACUAAUGUAUACAACUGAAUAAGGUAAUCCUUUGGUGAUAUUCAAAGUAUGCAUCUACAUCAGUGGUCACCACAGCAUUCCUAGUCAAUCACCAAACAAUGUAAAAAAAUAAAUAUAUAAAUCCUUGCA